UUUUUUUUUUUAACACAAAAAAAAAUUAGAUUUUUCCCGAGAAAUAUUGGAAUAUAAAAGAACGAAAAAGGAAGGAAGGAACAAGCAAAAAAAAAAAAAAACUCCAUCAAAAGAUUUCUAAAUAUGUUGGAAUGUAGUCGAUUCGUUGUAUACAAUCGUCGUCAUCAGCUGAUUCUAAGAAAUUCAUUGAAUUAGCCAGUUUGUAAAGAAAUUUUUCUGCCAAAACAAACACAAAAAAAAAACAAAAACAAAUAAUCAGCCAUGAGCUUCAACGGGAUGACGAUAAUAUUCAUUGAGAAAUAAGCCCUAAGAGCGAUGAAACCAUCACCGAAUCAUACACAAACGCUGCAAAUGCACCAGCAGCAACAAUUACAACAACAACAACAACAGCAGCAACAACAACUCCAACAACAACAACAACAAUCGCAUGAUCAAUUAACAUUACCACCACCUGCGCCACAUAAUUCAUCUGGCAGCAUAACAACAGCCACAACAACAACAUUCCCCUAUCAUCUGCAAUUGCCACCUCCAUCGCCAACAUCCACUAUCACCGCCAUCUCCAAUAGUGUUGCCAAUAACAACAAUAACAUCAACAAUGCUACUACCAAUGAUUUUGUCGAUUCAGAUCCUGAAUUAACAAGUAGCACAGCUGAUGGCAGCAUCCCGCCACAUCAUGCAGGCAAUGCAACAAAUGGCAACUGUUUGAAUGCCAAACAACAACGCCAACAAAAACGUCGACGUGAACGGGCUCAGCGAAUGCAAGCCGAACGCGACAAUCGCGUCGUUUGCAGUGGCGGCGGUGCCGGCAGUGUGGGCGAUGAUAGUAACAAUUCCAGUGGAAAUCUCACAACAAGCAAUAGUAAUGGCAGCAGUGGCAGCAAUCUAAUUCCACCAACGGAUAGUAUUGCUUCGUUGUUGUUGAAUCCACCAAAUUCGCCCGAGGGACAUACGGGUUUAAUGGCAGCUCCAAGUGAUUCGGAGGGCGAGAGUUUGGAUGAGGAUUUAUUGUCGACGUCGUCGUCGUCGACAUUGCUUUUGCCAAGAGACAAGCCGCCGCCACGUCCACCACCGCCGGUGCGACGAAAAUUGCCAAAAUCACCGGUGCUCGAGGAGGAGAUUAUCGAUGGAUUUGCAAUUCUUGAAUUUAAGACCUAUGAGGAUUUGGAGUUCGCUAUUAAAUUGGGCCAAAAACGAAAAGAAAAACGUUUAUCAGCACUCGAAGAACUCACAAGCACAUAUUGUAUAGAAGAUGUUAAACUACCGAAAAUAAUCGAUACUGGGCAACCACAUCCUGUACGUGGUAUUACAAAUUUAGUUGGAGCUGUUGCAUUAAAUCUACCUGGUAUUGAAAAAGAUUUGGUAGUAACAAAUAGUCGUGAACAACAUUGGAACAACAACUAUCAAAAUAGUAAUCUAGUACAUAGUAAUAAUAAUAAAAAUCAAAAUUUAAAUAUAAAUAACAAUAAUAAUAGUAAUAGUAGCGAGAACAACAACAACAAUAGUGCAAGUAAUAAUGUAAUUCUAAAUGUAAACAGUAUAAACAAUACUUUAAAUAAUAAUAAUAAUAAUAAUAAUAACAACAACAACAAUAGCAGUAGUAAUAAUAUCAAUAACAACAACAGCAGCAACAGCAACACUAAUAACACCACCAAUAAUAGCAGCAACAACAUCAACAACACUAACAGCAACAACAAUGGCAAUAGUAACAGUGAUGUUGGUGUUGUUAUUGUUGAAACAACACCAACAACAACACCAACACCCUCUACACCAAUGGAUACAUCAUCGUCGCCAACGUUGCUAAAUAAUAGUGACGUUACUGCCGGUGGUAAUGAUACAAGCAACAACAGCAACAAUGGCGGCAUAGUUUCUGCUAAUAUUUUAAGCAAUGGCAACAGUGUUGGUGUUAAUAAUAGUAGUGUGAACACAAAUAAUAAUGUAACUCCCAUGGCAGUGGAUAGUUUAAGCAAUAAUAAUGUGGCAAUAGCUGAGGAAACAACAGUGAAUUGCACAAAUGUCACAGUGACAGCUGGUGGAACUGUACCAGCUGUUACAGUGGCGAACUGCAAUAAUAACAACAACAGCAGCAGCAACAACAUCAACAAUACAAUAAGUCAUGCUGCUGAGAGUGCUGCAAACACAAAUAUCGAACUGAUAACCAGUCAUGCAACACAUAAUUCAAUUACACUCGCUCAAGAUGCUGGUACGUCUGAUGAUAGUGGUAGAGCGUCGGAAAGAUUAACAACAUCUUCAGUUGCACCCAGGGAUGCGGAUAGCUCCAGAGAUCGACUAAGUGAUGCAAGCAGUAGAUGCAGUUCCGGCAAAGGAUAUAUCUGUGAUAGUGAAGGAGACGAUGAUAAGGUAUUUACAAAAUUGCAUAUUGUAUUUCAGGGUUCUGAUGGAGGGUCAGUGGUUUUUCCAUCCACACCAACACAAGUUACAAAUACAACACCCAGCCCAACAACACCAAGAAAAUCAUCGGAUUUUCCAAAUCAAACUGGUCUGCCUCUCAGCAACGGGCCAUUGGGGCUGGGAGGCAGUGCUAGUCCAGUUCCUGUACAAUCGCCGACAACAGCAGCAAUUGUUGCUGGUGGUGGCGUUAAAGGAGGCAGUAUUGUUGUUGGGAGUGUUGGUGGUAGUGGUGGUGGCAGCAUUGGAAUGGCCGUUGGUGUUGGACCUGGUCAAACACAACAACCAGCACCAUCACCGGCACCGGCUGCGUUACCACCACCAAAUUUGCCACCGCCUUACACAACAACACCAAUGCAGGUCUCAAAUGGUCCAAUAAGCACACAUUUGUUACCGAUCUCAACACAACCGCAAAUGGUGACGGGCCAUAUUAAGCCACUAUCUGCGACAGCAAAAAUUCCUCCAACGAGCACAACAACAUCGUCGCCUAGCAAUAAACUGCAACAACAACAACAACAGCAGCAGCAAUUGCAACAACAGCAGCAACAAUUGCAACAACAGCAACAACAAUUGCAACAACAACAGCAACAACUGCAACAACAACAGCAGCAGUCGCAGCAGCAACAACAACUGCCUCAUUCCCCACAAACAGCGACAUCAGCAUCUCCUAAGCCACCCGGUUCUAUUCAUUCACCGGUUGGCAUUAGCUCUUUAGUUGGCUCACCACUAACAACAUUGGCUAAUGGCUUUGCCACAUCAAUACCACCAUCGAUAACUACAUCGCAUCCCAUAACCAGUUCUCGAGUAUCACCAACAUCCCCAUCAAUACAACAACAGCAGCAGCAGCAUCCGCAAUUGCAACAACUGACGCAGGCGCCACAACAAAUGCAAGUUACGACCAAUAACAGCGGCAAUAGCGGCAGCAACAGCAGCAACAUCAAUAGCAACAUCAGCACCAGUAGUAGCCUAAGUUUAAAUAGUAAUAGCGGUAGCAGUUUAGUACAACCAAUUCCUGGAUCGCUGGCAGUUCCGAUGCCACAGCCUCCACCAGCAACAGCGCCCGCUGCCCCACCACCAAUCGCACCGAGUGUUCAUCAUCCGGGAUUGGAUAGUGCGGCAGCGGCAAGCGGACGCACAAAUAGUCCCGCUGUGGCCACCGGGGCAGUGCACACUGCUACAGCGCCUUCAGUGAAUGGUGCAAGUAUAGCUGCGAAUGGUGGCACUAGUAGUAUUCCACCAUCGGCAGCGUACCGGACGCCAUACCCUAACUAUCCGCUGUAUGCUCCGUACAAUAACUUGCACCAUAGCCCGUAUCUGCCUCCAGCAGUGCCAUCGCCGACAGCGUCACCACGCACCAUCGAUUCCCGGACUGGUAAUCGGGAAUCGCCACUGAUAGUCUCGAAAUCUGUGCGGCCGCAUACGCCGUCAAGCGGCGGCAGCGGGGUCAUGAUGCCUGGCGGCAAUAGUAACAAUGGUUUACCUAUUUCGUCGCCAGGACAGACUAAUCCGCAUGGUUCAAUACCCUCUUCGCCACAUCCCCAGCAGUCACAAUCGCCAUACGGACCACCACCACACAUGAUGAGUGUCCAGUCGGCGAGUGGUGGCGUUGGGCCGCAGCAAACUCUUCUAGCAGGCAGCAUUCUCAGGGAUCAGCAGUCAUCAUUAAGCGCCCAACUUCAACACCAGCAUCAACACCAACAGCAUAUGCAACGGCAGCAACAAUUGGCGCUAUCGCACCACCAUCAACAACAGCAACAACAACAGCAGCAACAACAACAACAGCAGCAUCAGCAAGCUGCUGCUCAACACCAGCUGGCGCUGCAGUCCCAUCAACAUGCCCAGCACAUGCAACAGGGGCCGGGUCAACAGCACCAGAUGCCGCCACAGCACCCCUCAGUUGCCGGCCUUGGUGUAAACAGUUCAUCAUCUGUGAUUCCACGAACUCAUUCGCCGAGAGGACAUAGUCCGAAUCGGGAACGGGAAAGUUAUAGUAGUAAUGUAAGUAGUUUGUCGAGAUCAUCGGCAACGACGCCUGGUGGCAGCGUCGGAUUGCCAUACAAUACUGCUCCACAAGCUGGACCAUCACCAUCAGCGCUGCAACAGCAUUACAAUAGUAAUAGCAGUAGUAGUAGCAGUUCCCAUGGUGCGACCUCCUCGCCACUGUCACUGCCACCGACAUCCAUUGGUGCCGCGACCACUCCUUCUAGUCUACCAUAUCCGCCCAAGAAUUCUUGGCCGUCAAGCUCAACUAAUGCGACGCAACUAUCGCCGGCCACAACGAGUACUGUGACGCGACCUACACCUCCCCCAACCCUACCACAACAACAACAACAACAACAGCACCAGCAGCAGCAACAACAACAGCAACAACAACAGCAACAACAACAGCAGCAGCAGCAACAACAACAACAACAACAGACUUCAUCGAGUAGCGCUAAUUCAGCUUCGCCGCAUCAUUCGUCGGCGUCAACGACGCAUUCCACAUUUCAGCCCCCACUGUUUGCUGCGCCGCAUCCGCCACCGGUUGCUGUUAGCUCCGCAUCGACUACAGCUCCACAUCCAUUCUCCGCAGAAUCUCUCUUCCAGUCAAGCAAAAGUAAGAAUCCACAGAAUUUGAUGGAACCUCUUAAGGAUGUGUUUCCUAAAGCUGAUCAAGCAGAUCUCCUCCGUCGUGAGCUAGAUAGCCGAUUUUUGGAUCGUUCCGGAUUGGCUGUCCCACCGCCAACCUAUUUACGGCAAGAACUCCAUCAUCAUCAGCACCAACAUACGCACCUGCAUCAGCACCAGCAUCAACAAUUGAUGCCAUCGGCGCCGCCACCAGCUGCAACAUCAAUGUUUCCCCCGCCACUAUUCAAGGAUAUACCCAAAAUGGGUGCCGUUGAUUCGCCUUUCUAUAGGACCAGUCUGGGUAUACCUGGUUAUCCAGGUUAUUCGCCCAGUCUGUUGCACCCCGGACUUGGCGGUCCGACACCGUUUGUGCCUCCUAGCCAUCUGCCAUCUUUUGCUCCAAAGCAACCGACCCCGAUCGUUGAUCCCACUAAGCCUAAGCAAAUGAAAACUGGUCGAUGGAAUGCAAUGCAUGUGCGAAUAGCGUGGGAGAUCUACUAUCACCAGAAUAAACAAAAUCCAGACAAAGCAGCUGCAGCAGCAGCCGCUGCAGCCGCCUCAUCUGGUAAUUCGAAUAGUUCAUCUGGAUCAGGUGCUCCGCCGCCCUUAGGUCUAAAGCCAUCACCAGCAACAAUGAAUGAUAUAUUGCGAUCACCAUCGCAUAUGUUCAAUUCAUCGGCAGCGGCAGCAGCAGCUGCUGCUUCAGGUUUGCAUCGACCUAGUGAAAUGCAACCAACAGCUGGUUAUCCACAAGGUCUUCCCGGCCGGUCACCAUUCGAAACGUCGCCACUAUCGGCGAGUUAUCUUGGAGCACCGCCUAGUCAUAUGGGUACAGCAGUCUCCCCAUUCGGACGGUAUCCUGGACCUUUUGUUGGUUUUGCUGGUCUGCCGCAUUUUGGCCGGGAUAUUCCAAUGGGCGCCGCCAUUCAUGAUCCAUGGAGAACGAGUCUCCAACGAACUGUUGGCUAUCCUCCUGGUCCUGCGCAAGCCGCAUGGCCUCUUAAGCCCGAUCCUGGACUCGAUGCAGCUCGUCGCGAAGCUGAAGAACGUGAACGGGAACGUGAACGUGAAAUACGUGAACGGGAACACCGUGAACGUGAACGCCAGCGUCGCGAACGUGAAGAACGCGAACGCAAAGAAAAGGAAGAAAAACUCAAACGUGAACAACAAGAACGUGAGAGGGAAAGGGAACGAGAGCGUGAACGCAAAGAACGUGAGCGCCGUGAAAUGGAACGCCGGGAAAUGGAACGCGAGCGAUUAAUUCAGCAACAGCGAAUGAAUGAAAGCUCCAAUAACGCUGCACGUGAUAGAUCUCCAUUGAGAAACGGCUCCGCUGAUGGCCCAGAUAUUCGAAUCAAAGAAGAACAUCCUCGCAUCGAUACUCGCAAAGAGGAAGAAAUGAUGAUGCGAUCCGACCCGCGUUACCACCAAAGCCUUGCUGCCGCUCAGGCAGCUAGCGCUGCCCAUCAUCCCUUCAUGACUGCUCGCCAUGGAGGCCAUGUUCUUCCACCACCACCUCACCUUUCCCGCUCAAUGAUGCCACCCACAAUGGGUGGUCCACCACUUACCCAUUUCGCCCCGCCCGGAGCUGGUGGCUGGACAAUGGAUCCAUAUCGUGAUCCAUACGGCCCAAUGCUACGCUACAAUCCACUAGUUGAAGCAGCCUUCCGGCACGAAGAGGAACGCCAAAAAGCAAUGGGCAUGUAUGCCAUGCAAUCGGCGGCCCAUUUGCGAGGCAAAGAACCUAGUCCUAUACCGCCAGCGGUUGGCCCACCCCCGCCCCAUCAUCGAAUGCAACAAGUCUCCCAUAAACCCCAACCACCACCGCCCCAUAUGCAGGGCAUGCAAGUGUCAGUAGAUAUGCACAAAAAAGAAGACAAUGCUCCAGCCCGAUGAUAGGCUGUCGAACAGCAACAACAAAAACAACAACACUUUGGAAAUGUAUAAAAACAAAACUAAUUUUUUUAUCAAAAAAUUUUAUCUAUGUAAGAAUAUUUGUAUAUAAUCUAGUUUAUAAUAUAUAUAUCUCCUCCCCAUCUUCCUUAAUUCCCCUCUCCCCCAGUGUUGUAAAGACCAAAUAAAAGAAAGAAAACAAAAGAAUGACUCUCCCCUUUUGGGACCGUAUAAAUGACGCGGUCUUCCAAUGAUCUUGUACUAUAGAGAGAUGCAAUAGGAACUUUUAUUUCAAUAUUUUUUUUUUUAUUUUUUGUUAAAAAAUUUAUUAAAUUCUCAUUGUGUAGAUAGUUAUUGUUAGGAAAUAAGUAAAAUUAAGAAAAUUGAAACAAAAAAUAAAAACUUUUUUUUUUUUUAAUUAUAAUUAAUUUGUUAUCUCCUUGCUCUUUCUAUUUGUAUAAAAAAAAAAUAAAUUUAAAUAAAUAAGAAAACAUUUUUGUAAGAUAUUCCUGUUGUAAAUAAUUUAAAUGAAAAAAAAAACGUUUUGUUUGUAACCAAAAAUUAUGUAAAACCAGUUAAAAAAAAAAUGAAAUCACAAGGGAAAUGAUUAAUUUUCUAUUUAAAUAUUAUAUAUAAAUAUAAAUGUAUUUUUUUUUUUGUAUAAAAAAAAAGAAGAAAGAAAGAAACAAAAAAACUGAAUAGCACACACUCUACACACACAAAAAUAAAAAAAAGAAAACCGUUAAAUAUUUAAUUUUAUACAUAUGCUAGAAUUUAUGUAAAGUUUUUUAUUUAAAAAUUUAUAUAGGUAGUUGUAAGUUUUAGGGGGCUUUUUAGAAGUCAUAGUGUGUCUCUUUUUUUUUUUGAAAACGUGCAGAGCGAGAGAGAGAGAAAGACCUAUUAGAUUUUUAAGAAAUGAAAACAAAAAAAAAAAAACAUUUUAACUGUAUAAAGGAAAGUAAGUGUAUAUUUUUAAGAAUAUUAAAAAAAGGGAUGCAUCACUCUCUCGCUCUUAUGUCGUUAUAUAUAUUUAACUGUAUAAAGAAAAUAAAAAAAAACGGACACAUUUUUAGCGAGUUAGGACAUAAUAAUUUAAAAACAAAACAAAAACAUAUAUAAAAUUAAACUUUAGGAUUAUAUACAACAUUAUACAUACAAAAAAUAAAAAAUUUGCUAAAAAUGAAGAAAAAAUAUUAUUUAUUGUUAAAAAAAAAAGAAACAAAAAAGAUAAAAUAUUAUUGAAGAAAACAAAAAUUUUAAACUCACAACAACAAACAAACAACACACACACUCUGUCUCUGUAUCUCUCUCUCUCCUUUUUACUUUGUCUCCCUUUUGGCUCUUUGUUGUACAGCAAUUGCAAAAUACUAACUAGAGAAAAAAUGAGAAGAGAAAACUAUUUUAAAACUGAGGGAUUAAACUGACACACACAAACAAAAUAUAAAAAGAAAAACAAAAAAGUUAAAAAUAUGUAUUUACCUAUUAAAAAAAGAAAAAAAAAAAACAAAA